CGGUUAUUGGUCCCACCUACGACGCGCCACAGUACGCCAUGGCUCGCACCAAGCAGACAGCCCGGAAGUCUACUGGUGGGAAGGCACCCCGCAAGCAGCUCGCAACGAAGGCAGCUCGGAAGUCAGCGCCCGCCACUGGUGGCAUUAAGAAACCACAUCGCUACAGGCCUGGCACUGUGGCACUCCGUGAGAUUCGGCGGUACCAGAAGUCCACAGAGAUGCUCAUCCGCAAGCUGCCAUUCCAGCGGCUCGUUCGCGAAAUCGCCCAGGACUUCAAAACCGACUUGAGGUUUCAGAGCACCGCCGUGCAGGCUCUACAGGAGGCCGCCGAGGCGUACCUGGUUGGCCUUUUCGAGGACUGCAACUUGUGCGCGAUUCACGCCAAGCGCGUCACCAUAAUGCCCAAGGAUGUCCAACUUGCGCGACGCAUCCGCGGAGAACGAGCGUAGCCACUUCUUUAUAUGUGUGGGUGCUCAUCAUGUACAUAUUGAUUUUAGCUGCUGUCAUUGCAUCAUUCUUGACCGCUUUUUAGCUUCAUGCUGUCCAAUAAAUGUCCUCUCUUGUA